CGGCGCUGCACAGAGGAGCCGCAAGUUUGACAAGUGCGCCUCAUUUAAUCACUUCACACAAAUGGGAUAAAGGCGAGGAUGGAUUACUUCUGGGGGAACAUCUUCUUCGUGAUAAUAGUCUUCACGGACAGAGCAUGGCGGUCUCACUCUUUCAACGUGGGCACAGCAGGUGCCAAGAUAUUCAGCGGACCAGCAGAAGAAGAGUUUGGCUACACGAUCCAGCAAGCAACAAACCAUGAGGGCAAAUGGCUGCUGGUCGGUGCUCCCUGGAGUGGUUUCAGUCUAAACAGAAAGGGGGAUGUUUACAAGUGUCCAGUCUCGGGAUCCAGGAACAGCUGUGACAAACUAAAUCUUCAAGAUUCUGUGAGUAUUCCAGAGGUCAAAAAUGUGAACAACAACAUGUCCCUGGGUUUGACUCUUGCUCGGAUGCCUGCCGUCAGUGGAGUGAUGAUGUGUGGACCUCUAUGGGGACAACUUUGUGGCUCUCAAGACUUCUACCCAGGAAUCUGUGCAAAAAUGGACCCCCUCUUCAAACCUCAGCCCGCCUUCUCUCCGGCCGUGCAGACAUGUGGGGGUCCGAUGGACAUUGUGAUUGUUCUGGACGGCUCCAACAGCAUUUAUCCUUGGAAACCAAUGACGGACUUCCUGGAGAAACUAAUCCCCUCACUGGACAUUGGGCCCAGAAACACACAGGUCAGUGUCAUUCAGUACGCCGUCGAUCCCAAGUUUGAAUUCAGACUGAAUGCAUUUGAGACGAAAGAAGAGAUGAUUGCUGCGGCGGCUAACAUCAAACAGAUGUAUGGCCAAUCUACCAACACCUUCCAUGCGAUCCAGUACGCCAGUGAGUGGGGUUUUGAUCACAGCCACGGAGGCCGGCCAGGCGCCGCCAAAGUGAUGGUGGUCGUCACCGACGGCGAGUCUCACGACGAGUCGAUCAGGAGCGCGGUUCUUGCCGAGUGCGAGAAGAAAGGCAUCACCCGCUUCGGGAUAGCUGUUUUGGGUUAUUACAUCAGAAACAACAUUGACACAGAAAACCUAAUCAAAGAAAUCAAGUCCAUCGCCAGCUCGCCCACAGAGAAGUUCUUCUUCAACGUGUCGGAGGAGGCGGCGCUCUCCACCAUCGCCGGGACGCUGGGAAACCGCAUCUUCAACAUAGAGGGCACUGGGAAAGGCGGCGAUAACUUCAAGAUGGAGAUGUCUCAGGUUGGAUUCAGCGCUCACUACGCCAGCAAGCAGGAUGUUAUGAUGCUGGGAGCAGUGGGGGCUUACGCUUGGAGCGGGACUGUCGUCCAUCAGACGGGGUCAAAAGCAGACAUCCUGCCUUCCAGCACCUUUGAGGCGACGUUACAAGACAGGAACCACAGCUCAUUACUGGGUUAUUCAGUCACAACCGUGAGCGACCGGUCCACAGAAUACUUUGUGGCUGGCGCACCUCGCUCCAACCACUCAGGACAAGUCAUCGUCUACACUGUCAACGCCCAGAAGAAAUCUGUGGUCAUAGAUUCAGAAAGAGGAAAACAGAUUGGAUCGUACUUCGGAAGUGUUUUGUGCCCGCUGGAUGUGGACAAAGACGGGGCGACAGACCUGCUUCUGGUCGGCGCUCCGAUGUUCAUGAAUGAGCUGAAGAAAGAAGAAGGCCGGGUCUACCUCUUCUCCGUCACCAAGGGGAUCCUGAAUGAGCAGGGUUUCCUCGUCGGUCCACCCCCCACUGAGAAUGCUCGCUUUGGAAUGGCGAUCGCCGCUGCCCCUGACCUGGAUCUUGAUGGUUUCAAUGAUGUUGUAGUGGGAGCUCCACUUGAGGACAAAGGAAAAGGUGCAGUUUAUAUCUAUAAUGGAGAUAGGAACACACUGAACAAGCAAUUCUCACAGAGAAUCCUGGGCUCCAAACUGGAUCCUCAGCUGCGGUAUUUCGGCAGAUCUUUAGACAGCUACAGAGACCUGAAUGACGACAGCGUCCCUGACGUCUCAGUGGGCGCCUAUGGCAAAGUCGUCCAGCUGUGGACCAAAGGUGUGGCAUCGGUCACUGCCUCAGCUACUUUCACCCCCACUAAAAUCAACAUUUUCAACAAAGACUGUGAUGUUAAUGGACGCAGGCUUUUCUGCUUCACCGCAUUCCUCUGUUUCACUGCUGUGUUCAGGCCAAAGAACCCUGUAGGCCCCAUUGAUAUCUCCUACACAUUGACUCUGGAUGCUGACCUGCAGGCCUCACGCGUCACAUCAAGAGGACUGUUUGUAAAAAACAAUGAACGCUUCUUCACAGAGAAGGCAAAAAUAUCAUCAGAUCCUCUGUGUCGAGACUACCGGGUUUACGUUCAGGAGACGCCCGAUUUCGUCAAUUCCCUCAGUCUGAAAGUAGAAAUCGAUCAGGACAACCUGGACGUGAAUCCGGUCCUCGACAGGGAUUCUCCAAAUGUCCUGGAGUUCUUUAUCCCUUUCACCAAAGACUGCGGCUCUGAUGACGUGUGUGUCAGCGAUCUGGUGCUGAGUGUGAAGACGGUUAAGAAGACGUCCAGUUCGAGUCCGAUGCUGGUCAGCGCGAAUAACCGGGAGCUGUCGUUUGAAGUGGUUGUGAGGAACAACAAGGAGAACGCGUACAACACGCAGGUCUCGGUCACCUACUCCAGCAACCUGUACUACUCGUCCGUCUUUCCUCCUACAGAUGGAGUGAAAUGCACCUCCACACAGACAGAAGCUGUCACUUGCCAAGUGGGCUACCCUGCAUUGAAAAAAGACCAAGAGAUGAAGUUUCAAAUCAAUUUUGAGUACAAUCUUGAACACCUGCAAAACCAAGCAGAGUUGACGUUUCAGGCCAAAAGUGAUGGUAAAGAGGACAGACCUGGAGACAACAGGGUGGACAUAUCCAUUCCCGUCCAAUAUGACGCAGGGAUUGUUUUAUCCAGGCAGGCAAAUAUCAAUUUUUACGUGGCAGAUGCUGCCGCUCCUGUGGCGACAGCAGUGAAAACUCUAGAUGACAUUGGCCCAGAGUUCAACUUCACCGUGAAGAUUUCAACAGGUAACUUUCCUGUCAGCCUCCUGUACCUGACCAUCGGUCUGCCAAUGACCACCGACGGUGGAAACCCGCUCCUGUAUAUUACGAGUGUGGAGACGCAAGCAGGGGGCUCGGUCAGCUGUGACGCCAGCCGGCUGGUCGAUCCGCUGAAAAUCGGAGGGAAGACCCACGAAGUCUCUUUCACCGAGGAGAACCUCAGAGGCAUGGAGAAGCUGGACUGUCAGAGUGCGAAGUGUGAAUACAUAAAAUGCCUCCUCAAAGACACUGAAGUUAAGAGCGACUACUUUGUAAAGGUUAAAACUCGGAUCUGGAAUGGCACCUUCAUUUCGGCCACCUAUCAGACCGUAGAGCUGACGUCCACUUUGGAUGUGGAGACGUCCAAACCCGACCUGAUCGUCAUCGGCCUCAAACAGCUGCCCGUGGUGGUGACGGUCAGCAAACCUGGAGAGAAAGGCGACGUCCCGGUGGGAGUGAUAGUCGGCAGCGUCAUCGCUGGGCUGCUGCUGCUCGCUCUGGCUGUCGGGCUGCUGUGGAAGUUUGGUUUCUUCAAACGGAAGUACCAGCAGCUCCUGAAGGACACGGACGAUGACGGCCGGAGCCAAGCUGCUGCCGACGAGGUGCUGUGAAAGGGACGAGAAAGUCUACAGCCUCCCGCUGUGGAGCGCAGAUACCGGUACUUCUCAGAACUCCUGUCAAGUGUAAAUAGACUCCAGAUCAGUCACUGGAAAAUUGGACAUUUUAAAGAAAAGGAAACUGUGCGGGCAGCUGGGAUUCUAUCUCUGUCUAUCUCAGAGGGUUACUGUCUGUCUCUAUGUUCUGCUUUAUGUACAGAAUAUUUGUUACUAUGCACUGACUUUACAGAAAAUGUAAAAAGUGUUUUGUUUGCCAUCGUCAUACGUCAGUAUGAAAUAUGUAUAAAGACUACAGAAAGAUAACUGCGGUCAGUUGCGAUAACUUCUCUAAGACACACACUGUAGGAAGUCACUCCGGAGCAUAAAGUGCCUUGAGAUCUUCUCUCCUCUCUCAGGGUUUCUACGCUUCUUUACAGCUAUGGAUUUCAGUAGUUUGUAAAGAAAAAGUAAAUGCUUCAUUCGUGAGUAACAUGGAGGUGACGAGUUCUAAAAAUUUGAUAAAAAAAACAACAUUUUUUAUUGUCUACAGUUCUAUGUAGUAGUGAGGAAUCCUCAUGAAUGCAGAAUAGGAUACAGUUUCUGUAUGUAUGAGCACUUUAUGAGCUGUUUUAUUCUCCUCUUAAGUUCAACUUUUGUGGCUCCAGGAGAAUUUUAUUUGGUGGAAAAUGGGAAAAAUUACUCUUUUGAUCAUCAGGGCUACCCUGCCUUAGUGGAACUACUUUACCUACUAAAAAGCAGUCCUUAUAAUGAGCCAAGCUGGAGUGCAUAAGAUUUUGCUCCUGUGCAUUCAUGAAUUUUCAACAUCUUUUUGUGUUAUUUGUCUCACCUGGGGUACUUUUAAUGGUCGGUCAUUUCUUCCUGCCAUGCUCACUAUGCAGAAGCAGGACUUUUCAUAACUUUCUAGUUGCGUGAAUGCACCGUUGAUUAUGUGAUUUUUUUUUAGAUUGUUUUUGUAUUGCACAUAUUUUAGGAUCAAUUCAUGUUGUUUCAUGUCAACUUUCAGAAAUGAAAAAGCUACUGGCAGUCAUUGCAGUAGCUGCUUGUGUUGUUGUUGUUGUUGUUACCGACAUUUCUCUCAGCCACCGAACUUGCUGACGAGUUAAGUAGAACUUCCUUAAAUAAUGAGAAUUUUGCAAAUGAAUUAUGUGAUCUGUUGUUCAUUAAAUUAUGCGUAGAUUGUUGAAUUCAAGAAUACACAGCUGAAUCCAAAACACCUAAAAUGUUCAUGUCAAUCUCUGGAAAUUCAACUAAUUGAAUUGUAAUGACAACAUUUCACCACAAGAUGGCAGCACGAUGCAUGACAUGUUGACUUCCAAGUUGCAUGGCAUUGAUUUGUGGAUGUCUUGGAGGGCUCUGCUCUUCCUCGUCUUCUUCCUCUCCUCUCACUGGGGAAGUGUCACAGAUCCUGACCCCGUUUGGACCCUUAUCUGAACCACUCCCUUCCAAUCUUCAGCACAAAUGAAGUUUCCUCUCAAACUCGAUUAAUUUCCUCACACAUAUUUGACUGUCAUGCUCUCCCGCUGUUCUCUGAAUCUGUCCCUGGACCCUUCAGGAAUGUGUUUCUGAAAGUUUGCCUUUUGGACGAUCCAGCAGCAGCACCCAGCAGAGUCUUUAGAAUUGAUUUUUGUUUUUUUGUUUUGUUUUUUUUUCCCCGGAUUUGAUCCAAACAAAAUAUGCUGUUUGUCUGUAAUAAGCAGCACAUUUUUUGGGGAGCUUGGGCCCAGACCUUCCUUCCUGGAGGAGGCAUUCAGCAUCUGAUACAUGAUUGAACUGCCCCGUCACAGGAUUACUCAUGCUCUGAGGUGUUGUGAAACUGCCCUUGGAUUCUACGUAUAUGUGAGUGGGGAGCGAUGUGGAAACAGUUGAUGAAAUGAGACACAGUGGAAGUGUUUAUGAAUGCAUCCCUCUGAGGUUUUUACUGCAGAUGAUUGGCAGCCACAGCCCAGAACCUGACCUGUGCCACAGCGGGACGAUCGAUGAGAUGAUUGCACAUAAAUUACUGCAAAGUUGGAAUAAAUCAAACCUGAUGUCAUUAAACAGUUUCUAUUAACUGCUGUCCUUUUGUUGUGUUUUGCAGCAAAAACUGUCAUUCACAAAUUACUGAUUAACUGUCACACUACUACUACUUUUUAACCUAUUUAUUUCGUUUAAUGCUGAAUAAAUUGGUGUCGGCGCUGUUCUAUCAUUUAUCUAUAGUGAGUUUUAAUUCUUUUCCUCGUGGGUCUGGUUGUGCCCGGUCCAGCUCGCAGCCAGGGACACGGAGUCCUGCUUGUUCCUUUUCACUCAUGCCAUUAAUGGCUUCAGGACAACAGCCAGCACUUUAAAGUUGAUACAGCGGGGCAGAAAUGUACUUGCAUGUCAGGAAGUGUUUUGGAAACCUCGACUCUUCAAAGACUCUGAUCUCACAAAUCAGUCACACCAGACACUGAAUGAUCCGCACAGCAUAACUCAACAUGGGGAGAACAUAUUGGGAUUUGUUGAGAGGAAUGAUUGUCUCGAAUGUCUAUUUUCGAAUU